AUGGUAAAAAUCAUAUCAGUUCGUAGUUUGAUAGUUUACGCCAAUUUCCUUUUAAUUCCCACAACCAUUUGUUUACUAUGGCUACUGUUACCCAUCGACACAUAUACCAGAUACUCUGGAACUAGCAUGGUUUAUUUUGUAUUUAUGUUUUUCACAUGGAUUUCUUUUUAUGAUUUAAAUUUACCAGGAUGUUCAAAAAUACAGAUUGUAGUUUUCUAUGCAAUAUUUAUAGCGAUAGCAAUUGGUUGGUUAAAUGUAGUUACCAAACUAAAUGUGGAAACCAAUCGUAUGUCAUAUUCAUUCAUUGAUGCGAUUGCCUGGUUGCUCAGCUCGCUGUGCUACUUUAUUCAUAUACUUGUACACAAGAUCAAGAAGCAAUACUACUACCAGGAUGACACUGUCAUGGAUGGCUAUGGAAUCAAGCGAAGAAAGAGACGUUCGAAGCCAUGGACAAAGAGACUCUCUAAAAUAUUCUGUUAUUACAAGCGAAUCGAUAUGGAUGAAGAGGAUCAGCGUAAACAAAUGUUCAACCAGCAAUUGGAAGAGCAUCCACAACUUCCAACCAACACCACUGCCAACGUACAAUAUCUAAAGAGUUCUGCUGAAUUUAAAUAUUCUGGAAAUAACAAUAACAAUAACAAUAGUAAUAGUAAUAGUGAUAACGGCAGCCAGAAUAACAGUCAAAAUGUUAGUCAGAAAAAUUCACCGUCAACUUCACUCACAAAUUCGAUAAAUAACAGUGAGGGAAAUACUUCAGAGGUUGUCAAUUCCGAUGGAACAGUUACUGUUUCUACAGUUGUCGCCAAUCCAAAUGACGACAGUCUCGAACACAAGAUUGAGCAAGUUUUGGGUGAGGACGACACCGCCAUCGAGAUGACUACAACACAAAAGAAAGACAAGACAAAGAACACUGUCCAAUACUUUAAAAAACUGGACCAAAGGAUGAUGGAUCGAUCGGUGGUGAUUACGCCAUUCCUCGCACUCGUCUCCAUUGUCGUUUUCCAUCUAAGUCGUCUCCUACUCAGUGGUAUUUCCAACGCACUGAAUCGUUUCCUCAAACCGCGAGAAAUCAAAUAUUUUACAUUCUUCCAAUUUCCAAUGAUGUUUUUCCUUUACUAUCGUAAUCUUUUCCUUAGUAUUAAUUCAUGGGGAAUUGCAGUAUUGGUUAGUUUUGCAUUGUUUGCGUUCGAUAUUUUUUACUAUUUGUUGCAUAUGACCAAGAGAUAUUGGUUCUUUAGACAUCAGGGACUGAUCGAUAUCUUUGACAGACAUCCAGAUUCCAAGUUCUGCAGACUCCUGAGAAAUACGCUCGAGGAUCAGAAUCCAUCGUACGACCAGCACGUCCGUGAUCUAUCGGUGGAGUACUACUACGACAAGAUGGCCGAGUACGUCAAUUCAUCUUUACUCUAUUCUUACUCUAUAAUCUCAUGGAUAUCUAUCAUACCCAGAUCGUCUAUAGAGAAAGUUUCGACGACAACACCAACGCGACUUCCAGCAACAACAGCACCAACAGCCCCAUCACAAAUAACUCAACACUGUCCAAUCUUUUUUCAUAAUGCCAACUCCACACAAUAG